AUGGCGCAUUUUCUCCGACUGCCUCGCGAAUUGCGCGAUCUCAUUUACGAAUACUACUUCGACGGUGAAGGAGGCUUCAAAUAUGAUUUCGUCACCAACAAGCUUCGAUGGGCCGAUGGUCUAUCCAUCGACCUGUCUUUGGUGCUUGCUUGCCGGCAAAUCGCUGCCGAAACACAUGUGAGGCGUAACUACUACAGGUGUUUAGCGCGUACUCUGUUCCUUCGAGGGACGUGUGUCUCGAGCCCUCGUUACACACACGGGCUUGCGCUGCGGACCAACACACUCCGAUUCAAGACAUUUCACUCAGAUCAUACACAGGAACAUGCUAGUGUACUCCAUAUCGUCAAUCGAGAAAUAUACGAGAGACAGGAGUCACUACUAGACUCACUGGCUCCUGAGCUUCUCAGCCAAGAGCAGGCGCAGGUGGCGAAGUCGCUAUAUCCCCAAUUCGCGCCUGUAAUAGAUUAUUGGCGAUUGCGUGGAAAAGUCCGUCACAUCGGCGCGCUGUGUGAGGAAUGCUGUGUAACUCCAUCAAUAUGGCGCGAUUUUGUGGCAUUCACGUUGAACUUGAUCUCUCAACAGCCCGGAUUUCUCGGUGAAGCUGAGGCGCUAAAACUGGAGGCUCGCCAGAAGCGAUCUGGAUUCUUGUUUGGUCCGAGAGUUAUGGUCAUUCCAGACCCAGAUCCGCAUGAAGAUGCCAGAACUCUUGCGUUGAACGAAGCAAGGCCUGUGCCAUGGCAAAUCACAGAUAUCGAGGAGAUCGCGAAACUGCGUGAGCUCAUCAUAGACGACAACGUGGUCCCUCAUUCCAACACAAAGUACACUUACUCAGCAGCUUCUAUGGCUCUCCGGUUGUUGCACUCUAUGCCGAGGGUUACGCGUGACAAUAUCAGGAAGAUUAUACUGAUAGAAGACCGCGAAUCCAUCGCGUUUCCUCAAAGCCAUGGUAGGGGGUUCAUUGACGUCUGUCGAGAACACCCGCAACUCAAGGUUGAGCGCUUUGUCAGUCUUUGGAGAAAUGCAAUCCCCGUGUCCUAUAAGGACAUAAGCGCUUACCUCCAUGGUGAUCAGAAUUUCCUUGAUCACGGGCUUCUGGACCGUCACCGUUGUGACGCUGGUUUCAUCAGCCAGGGGGUAGGUACAUGGAUCAUGGAGGCUAGGGCACUCCCCUCGCUCGGGAUGCCGCAAGAUUCCUUCACCCUCGUACUUGAUGGUGAUCCCUUGCCUGACCAGACGUCGCGCAUCUUCAAAAUCAUCCAACGCGAUGCUGCUUGGCAGAGCGCCCUCGACAUUUGCUACGAUACUGGACUCCUACCACGACCUUCUUGGCCUGAUAAGCGAAUUUACACUGCAAGUUUCAUACAUGAAGAAUUUCCAGAAGCAAUCGGUGCUAUUUCAACGCACAGCUCUUUGGUCAGAACCAACUUCCCCGUUGGCGCACCUUACGAUGUUGAGCAACUGCUGCAAGAGCACGAAGGAUGGACGCCGGAAGACUGGGAAGAGGGAUGGCAAUUACACGAGCCGCACCAAUUCCAGACUGAGGCGCCGCUACCCCCGUGGCACCUACUUCGAUGGCAGCAUGUAAUCAGAUAA